UCCUGGGGUGUACAACCCCAACUGGAAGGGUCCAAUGCCGUUGUAUCCCGACGAGAUGAAUAACAUCUUGCCAAAGUUACCGGAAAAUCCAACGUAUCAGGGUAGCAUUCAACUACCGCAGACAAUCAAGACUGUUCAGAGUGAUGCUGAUGAAAGUGGAAUUGGAGAUAUCCAAUACAUGGAAGAUUACCUUGAAAACAAUCGAGAUAAAUUAGACAAAAUGGCUCAAGCUUACAGCGACUAUGGAGUGCUCGAGGAGAAAAAAGUUUGUAAAGAAGGUAAAAACGAUGCUGCUAAAGAAAUCAACAAAAUGAGCACUAAGAAACGAAGCAUUAUGGACGAACAAUAUUACACAAAAGUGAACAAACAUGGAAGACCUCAUGUCGCAAUUACGAAACCAAUGCCUGCACCACCACAACACUCGACGUUCACUACAUCCGAUCCACUCUCCGUCGAAAGCGAUUCACCGAAACCUGAAGACAUAGACAUAGUAUUUAAGAACAAGGACAUGUAAAAAUCAAAGAUAAAACUACGAGAUAUACACAACUUACCAUAAUAUUAUAUCCAAUAUCUGAAAACGGUACAAAGAGCCGUGUACACGAUACAACGCCGAUUAUCGACAAUCGAUACAAGUAUUUAAACUUUAAUCGAUUCAAACCAUCCUUGAAACCAAUGCGAAAUAACACAUUGAACGGCAUAAAUCAUUUAAAUAUGCUACAACAACUUGAUAUUGGGUAUGAUGCCACUAAUCCUAAAGAACUGAAAACUGAUUCACUACAUAUGGAAUUUGAUACCAGUGAGGAACAAAAUAGUGAUUUACCACAACCAAUCACAGAAUACAAUUUGCUACAACAACCAGAAACAAGUUAUAUCCCUUUUGACGAAUAUAAUA